AUGACAGGUUCACUCGUUCGGUCGGCUCAGAGUGAGGAGCACCAAUACUGGACUGAUCCCAUCCUUUGCGAGGAAACUCGAGCCAGACUGGAACAUUUCCGUCGUUCUGGAUGGCUUCCUCCAAACUUCAAACCAAGGACCUUACAAGGUAUUGCUGUUGUCGAACGCUACUGGCGAAAAUUUUCCAUUCAGUCGGAGGCGGACUAUGUGGACCAUCUUCUGCGGGAGGAUCAAGCGAUCUACAUGAACUUUUUCGACUGGAUGUCCAGAACAUCACGAGAGAAAACUCUACAGUCUUACGAUGAGUAUUGGCGCCGCCUUUGCCAGUAUUUUGAGCUGUUUGCUCGUCGCCGUGUCAAUGAAGACGUCCGUAAGCAGAUGCGACGAUUUCUAGAUGGUCCCUUCCCGGCCGAGCGCAAGAUUCCCCGACGAACGAAGAACAAGAAUACCCUGGAUGUAGAUGUCUUCUGUGCGAUCUAUCGUCAUCACUGGGUCCAUUCAAGGUUUUUUCGUCAUGGAAACAUGAUUGUUCAGUUUGCUACAGUGCAGCUAUGGUCUGCCAUUACCGGGACUCGCCCCGGUGUCUUGCUUCCACAAAACACUUCUUUACCCGGCAACCCCUCCCUUGGCAAACGCAAACGAGCCCACGCGUUUGAGAGUGAUCUUCCGAAGUAUAUUUCAUCGAAGGACCUUCCGGACUCUGUCUGCUAUCGUGAUAUUGAGCUUUUCUAUUUAAAAGAUCCUCAAAGCAAACGUGACGUUCUCUGUGCCAUUAUAGAGUUUCGCAAUCUCAAAGGUCGGCCAGAAGGCGCCGAUGGGACCAAGUUUUUCAUGCACGGUGACUAUCAAUUGGCAUAUUGCCCGAUCGCUCAGAUAGUCUCCUUCGCUUUCCGUGAUGGGGCUUUUGUCAAUACGGAACUCACACCAGAGCUAAUUUGGAGGCUGCGAGUUCCUAAGCACACUUCGUCCCUUCCUCUUCGGUGGAAACCAGAAGUCCUGAACACUCCCAUUCUUCGACGCUUUGAGCGCACUCCCUACGGCUACGAACUCCAUGAGUCUUUAUCGAUGACCUAUGAAUCAAGUCGGGAAGCCCUCAAAGAGUUGGGCCGAGACGCCAAAUUUGAAGACGAUAUUGGGCAUUACAACUUUCGCCGUUGGACGGCAAAUGAAGUAAAUCGCCAAGAAAGCUUUGUGUUACCGAUCGAUGUUGACGAGCAGCUUCUAGGGAAUUUCACGAGCCAGGAGCGGCAAAGGGUGCUUGGUCAGUCUGGCGACGCCGUCUUUGAAAAACAUUAUCAAUCACAAUUCAUUGGACGCGAUCUCCAGCAUGUCGUUCUUCUUCGACCAUCUCAGGAAGGCCUCAUACGUUUCGCCGGAAGUAUGCUCAGGAAAAGGGAUGUUCAAGCUCCGUAUGAGCUUUCGAAUACGCACAAGCGUGCAAUUUGCCAAAACCCGGAUCUUCUGCAGUUAAGACGAGAGAAGAGAGAGCUCGGGGCGGAGAUGCGAUCUCUGGCUGGCUCAAUCAAAAAAGCUCGAGUUCCCUUUCCACACCUCCACCAAAAGCACGAAAAUGUCAAUAAAGAAAUAGCGAAACUUCGAAAGAGGCUAGCAACUGACACGCGAGAGGCAGCUAGGAAACACCAUUUCCAGAAUGCGCCUGUACUUGAAAUCGACAGACAGAUAAAGCAACUCCUCGGUAAAACUGAUGAAGCUUCUAGUGAAGCUCCGGAAAAUGAAGACUCUGGUGAUGUAACCUGGGAAUUGCCUACUCCAGACUAUGUCUUUGCCGAGCGGGCACGCCUGGUAGAAAACUUUUACGGACCCGACGCAGAGAACUUCGACGAGGACAAGCUACUCGCUCGACGCACCCAGGUUACUAAGGAUAUGGUUGCGCUAUUGCGGCUUUCCGAACCGAGUAGGCGGGGUAAUCGAGUCAAUUGGAACAUUGGCGAUGAAGAUGAUGAUUUGCUUGAUCCGCCAGAGGAAUCGCCUCCACUCGAGGAAGACUCUAUGAAUUGUCCAACCAAUAUAUGUAUCGUCUGCUGUGGUCUAUCUCGCCAAUCAUCAUUGAACCCUCCUCCGCAUAAAUUUCCUCCCGAUCGACAGGAUUCUCUUCGCCGCCACUUGAUUGAUACGCACCUGCAACAUGCGCGCAACGGAAUUAGCUGCAAUUGGAAAACCUGUCGCGAUGUCCCGCUGUUCAGCGACAUCACCAAAUUCCUGGCUCAUGCUUCCACUGAACAUUCGUAUGAUAUCAAAAUCAAAUUGUGUCAUCUCCCGCAGGCAUCACAAACUAGCUGCAGCGACGUUUCAUCCAGAGAAGCGUCUCCAGUGUCGGAGAAUCGACAAAGGACUGAGACUCCCGCCUCCUCCGUCGACCUCGAGAUGAAAAAUAUUGACCCACGCUUGUUGGAGGCACAUCCUGUCCCCGUUGCGAUGGCUUUGCAGACUCAGCCAGUUACUGAAGUUUUAUCUACCUCUGGUGGAUCAUCUCAUCCCAACUCAGCCGAAACUCCGAUAAGACGAGCGACGAGAAGCACGGCAAAGGUGACAGAAUUCGCUCCGACGCCAGAGACGGAAUACCAACCUCAAUAUGUGAGGCGCUCAUCUCGGAAAAAACGUCACGCAGAGCAGCAAGUAUGUGGAGUAAAGGAGAAGAAGCGACUAAGCCACAUGAAAGUUCCCAAAGGGCCUCCGCUGCGUCGAUCAAAACGACUGCGGUCUUAG